CCCGGCUACCAAAAAGCCGAAAAAGGGGGAUGUCGCCGAGAAGGAGCCCUCGGUCAUUAUCGCUGAUGAGCCCCCCGCCUCCGGGGUGCAGGUGGAGAAGCUGCCGGUUGGAACGCCGGCGGGGGCAGAGGAGUCGCUGCCUGAGAUCCUCACAGUUGCGUUCCCGAGGGGUAUGUCUUUGGCCAGCGGCGCCGUCGACCCGGGGGCCAUCCUGAGGGGUAUGACCCCUGAGACGGAUAGGGCUGCCCUCGGGGCCUACAAUGAUGCGGCCCUCGAGGACCACAUUCUCCGCUCCUCCCUCUCUGCUUGCUUAGCCCUCGGCGAACAGGCUCGGAGGCUUCAAGAAUGGCGCCUCCACAGAGCGGAGCAAGACGCCAGAAUGAGGGAGUGCCUCCUCAAGAACCAGGAGGCGGUGAAGCUGGGGGCCCAGCUAGAAGAGGAGCUCCGGCAGAUGAGCUUGAAACUGGAGGCUGCAGAGAAAGGCAAGGCUGAUGCUGAG